AUGUUUUUUUUUAUGAUGCACUUCAACUUCACUGAUCUGAAGCGCGUGAAUGUUUGUGGUGCCUGCGAAACCCCCAUCGACAAGAAGCGCGACAAAGUCGACCUGUUUGCGAUCCCUGACUUCUGCGGGCCAGAUACCAAAUCGACAACUCCUGACAAGAGUGAGAUGGGCCUGGGCGCUAACAAUACGCCAGACGCUGAGAAGGAACUUGUUCCUGUCAGCCUUUCCGAUGUUGGGGAUCACAUCAAGACCCCGGCGCGCAGCCGUAAGCGUCAGCGCCGCUGGGGGAAAACAGUAGAACCGGGGGUUUGGACUCCAAAGCUGCCGAAAACCAGGCACCUUGGAAAAUCUUAG